AUGAUGCCUUCACGAUCAUCUCCAAAUCACAAUUGGUUACCCAACUAUAGUCGACACAUGGCUGAAAAUGUGUCCAAUGGAGUCACCAAUGAAGACAUGGCGUUCAAUUUGCUACAAACACAGUUGGAGGUGUCGCUUGUGAGGGAAGAGAUUGCAAACGACCUUCGUGAACUACGACGCAACAUCACUAGAGACUUGGACGCCCUAAAUCAUGAAGUCGAUGAUAUUAGGGCAGGUCAACUCGAUCUAUCUAACAUGGUUGCGGAUUUAAAGAUGCAUUUGUGUUCAAGUGCAACAAAGUGA